AUAUUACAAGAGGGAAUGAGAGAGAAAUAGUUGCUAGAAAUGUGUAAUGAAAGAGAAGAGAAUAGAAAAUUAGUGAAUAGCAGCGAGUGGGGUAUCAAUGGAAUUGUGCAGUGUGUUAUCGGUGGUGUCAUGUCUCCUCAUCGGUGCAAGAAUCCUCUUUGUGUGGUGUAAAAUUAGUAAGAUUUAUUUUUCCAUUGAUGCCUUUGUUCGUGUGGUUAAACCUGUAUGGUUUGUGUUCGAGAUUUAUUGUGUUAAAUGGACAAGCCGUCUGUCCUUGUCAAGGAAAGAAUUUCAAGAAUCACAGGAAGCCAAAGGACCUGAACAACAACAAAGUGUCAAAGUGUCCAGAUAGUUGAGGAAGUGGCAGUGAUCGCGGUCGUUCCCGUGAUCAGUUCAAUCAAUCUGACUCAUUGCUCUUGAGAUUGAGUCUGGUGGAGGGUCUGAGAGCCUCGGCCUGAGAAAUGAGAGAGUUCAAGGUCGUGGUACUGGGAUCGGGCGGGGUGGGCAAAAGUGCUCUGACGGUUCAAUUCGUGUCAGGAUGUUUCAUGGAGAAAUACGAUCCGACCAUUGAGGAUUUCUACAGGAAGGAGAUCGAGGUUGAUAACUCGCCGUGCGUUCUCGAGAUCCUGGACACCGCCGGCACCGAGCAAUUCGCCAGUAUGCGCGACCUCUACAUCAAAAACGGCCAGGGCUUCGUUGUUGUCUAUAGUCUCACUAAUCAUCAAACUUUUCAGGAUAUUAAAGCUAUGAAAGAGUUGAUAACCCGUGUGAAAGGAACAGAAAGAGUGCCAGUUCUCCUGGUCGCCAACAAACUUGAUCUUGAGCAUCAACGUGAAGUAGAUUCUGCUGAGGGAACAGCAUUGGCACAGAUUUGGGGUUGUCCAUUCGUAGAGGCCUCUGCUAAAAAUCGCACUAACGUCAAUGAAAUGUUCGCUGAAAUUGUACGGGAAAUGAACUUCAGUCCUGAGAAAGAGAAGAAGAGUUACUGCUGUUGCAGUGUUCUUUAAUACUUAAUCAAAAUUUCACAUCGGGCAGACUGAAUGACACUAGGUAAAUAGGAGCAACAUUCAAUUGUUGUCCCUAUGAACUUCUAUAUUUCUUUCAUCUUCCCCGCUUCCUCCUUCAGGGCUAACGGGGUCGUGCUGUGAACUCGCAAAUCUUGUAAGAAUAAUUUAUAACGUAAAGAAAGCUCAACAAAAAGACUAUUAAUAGAGAGAGACUCGUGAGUUUUCAUUUUCUAUCGAAGAAACGACACUAAUCGUGAACAUAUUUUAAUAUACAUAGAUAGUAUUAUGUGUAAUAUUAUUGUAAUAUAUAGCAAUAAAAGUAGACGAAUAAAUGGUAAGCUAAAUCUGCGGAACAGGACCAAUGCAUGGAGGAGGGACACGUGGAUUUUGUAGAUGGUUACAAAAGAAAAAGUCCUGCGUUACUGGUGAUCCACUGGUAAUGGCUAAACCAAACUCCAUAUGAUUAGAUUUUUACUUUACAUUCGUAAGAAAAUUUACUUUCAAGAAUAUUCCACUUUUAUUCUGAUCAAAUUUCAGAAAAAUCUUUCAUUGCUAAAUUCAUUCUUUUACUAUUUUAAAUUUUAAAUAGCUUUUCUUUUAAGUUUUCUUGAAAUUUCCACCGCGACAACAAAAAUGUUUUAAAAAAUGUUUUAUAUAAUCAGAAUUUGAUUACAUGCUUUUAUAUCGAUUUUUUAAUGAAAUUAUAUUAAUGUAAUAAAACUGUAAUUAAAGCACAAAUUAAAAAUACUAAAAAAAAGAGUAAUACGCCUAACCGACUGAAAAUACAUACAAUGUUUAGAACAAUUUAGAAAUCAGCAUCACGAUAGAAAGAAAACGUUGAAUGAUAAAUUGAAUUAUGUACAGAACCAAAUUAAUUUUUAUCAUCGUAAUCACCAAAUUUGCUAUUGAAGGAAGAUUUAGGAGACAAUAAUAUAAAAGUUCUAUUAUUGCAUGUAACCUUUCAGUCAAUCUUGUGCAAUAAUAUGAAAAUAUUAAAUACCGUUUUCUAUGUAAAUGUAUUGGAAGGCCGAAUGCGAUAUUUUCAUCGUUAAAAUAAGAGUUUUAAUGAAGAAGAGAGUAAUACUUGAAAUUAAACUUUUUAACUCUUAACUUUUAAAGGAGUUUAAAAAUGUUUGUUAAUUAAAUUUAGAAAUAUGUAGGUUUAAAAUAAAGAAAUUUCGUUUGUUUAUUAUAUACUCUCUUCCUUACAUAUAAUAUGCAGAUACACUUUUUUUUGUCUGCAUUUAUAAAUUUAUACCUUAUAGAAAUUCGAACAUGCGACAAAGAUUUCAUUUUUAUUGAGGUUAUUAAUACUUGUGUAAAAAUGUUAUUAUGAGGUGUGGCUGUAAUGUGUGUGACUGUGCGUGUAAAUGAAGAUAAUGUGAAUAAGGAAAACAAGAAAUUUUUUUUUUAGAAAGCAGAACAAUAAAAAAAUUUGAGACAAAAAAAAACAAAAGUUAAUUAACAUUGUGGAUAAUUUCCACUAUUUUCUUAUUUCAAUGCAGUAGCUCGAAAAUUUGUAAAUAUAUUUAUCAGGGCACGUGUUCUCAAAUUCUAAUAGUAGAAGAGAAGAAGAAGACGGUUUUAAUUGUUUAUUAAAAAUAUAUUUGGAAUGGCAUGGUAUUAUCUUAUUUUGCACGUUUGAGAUGUUACUCUCAUUUUUAUGUACAUUAUUAUUGCAGUAAAUGUAAAAAGUAUGUUUUAA